AUGGACGUUAAUCGUUUACCGCCCGCAACUCGAGAGGUGCUGAACGAUCUCCUGGUUGAACGUGGUCUCACGGAGUGGCGGGUCGUGAGUGAUGUUCGGGUCUCCACCAACCGGAUCGAAACCGUUGACGUGAUCUACGGCAACGUCAUUACGUCGAGGUUAGAAGAAGAGCGCAUUGAUCAAAGGCGUAAGCGGAAGGCUGAACAGGUGCUACACGUCACGCAGAAAUCAACAUGGAGUGGUUUCGUCGUGCUUCCUGCCGUAUCCUCCAUUCCAACACUCAGCGUGAAGGGACUACUGGAGCUGCAGCAGUGCGUUGACGUCAAUCAUCCGAGUGACGUCACUUGUACCACAAAACGAACAUUCCUAUGUCUCACGGAUGCCGCAAACGUUAGCUACUACGUUCUUCAGACACCAGCCAUUCUACCGUCUUAA